AUGGAAGCGGCAAUCAUUGGUGCUGGUGUCAUCGGCCUCUUAUCAGCUCUGACUUUGACCGACGCUGGCUACAGAGUGACCAUCAUUGCUCGCGACUUGCCAGGCGACGAAUCCCAAGACUGGGCAAGCCCUUGGGCUGGAGCGGCAAUCUUUCCGCAUCCAGAUGCCAAAGGUCAUUCACUUCAAGUCGAAAGCUUCAAAUAUUUCUGGGCUCUCGCACAUAGAGAUCCUACGAGUGGGGUCCAGGUGGUCAAAGCAACCGAAUACUAUGAUGAUCGAGAAGACGACUCCACGAUUUGGUACAAGUCCCUCGUACCACAAUAUCGCCGGAUUCCCACUAAAGACCUCCCCGAUGGUGUUAAACUGGGGUUUACUUUCAAGACCAUGACGGUCAAUCCCGCAAUCUUUCUUCCGUGGAUCAAAAAAAAGUUGGAAGUCCGAGGUGUCCGUUUCCUUCGAAAAGAAGUCAAAGACAUCGAAGAAGCCAAGCUUAUAACUGGGUGCGGAGUGGUUGUUCAUGCACCUGGGCUAGGCGCUUCGGAAUUGGCCAAUGACAAGGACGUGGUAGCUGUUCGCGGGCAAACUAUGUUCGUGGAAACCGAUUUCGACGAACUGAUUAUGCUCCAAGGAUCGCAGUACACCUACAUAAUUCCGCGGAUGUAUACUGGCGGUGCGAUCAUUGGGGGAGUGAGCCAGGAAGGCAAUCUAGAUCGUGGGGUAGACGAGACUUUGCGGUCUAACAUCCUUGGGCGGGUGAAAAGUAUUUCUAAAAGACGUCUUGACUCUGUGGACUUGGAAAAGUGUUCCACCAGGAACAUCGUCGCGUUCCGUCCUGGGAGAAAAGGAGGCUAUCGUCUCGAAAGCGAGGGAAACGUAGUCCACGCAUAUGGGUUUGGGAGCCUGGGAUAUAUCUACGGAUAUGGAGCAGCCUUGAAGGUUCGAGAGUUAAUAGAGGCCGGGGGCGAAGGCCAGGAUAUUCCAAGAAGUCGACUAUAA